GUGUGCCGGUGUGCGGAACGAGCACCCUGCACCCCGAACUCAACUAGAGCGUGAGGCCGUCCGUACCCGUGCAAGCGGAAACGCCCACGCCUGCUUACUCCGCCUCCUCUCUCUUUAUAUCUUAUCUUCUUCCCUCCACCACACUCCCCCGCUGCCGCCGCCGUCAGCGACUGCAGCCGCCGCUAAUCCCAGCGUGUUCUCCGUCUCCGGCUCGAACUCCGUCGCCUCCCGCCGGCUCCCGCCUCUCAACGCCGCCUUCUCUUCUCCGUAGCGCUGCUAUCAAACACCUUGUGCUGUCAACAUUUAUGAGUGCAAGGCAGUAUUGCUAAGAGUAUCUUGCCAUGGCAUCUCCUGCUUCCGUCACCAACCUCGGAAGCAAUGGGAGGUCUGGCCCGCUCCCGGCUGCAGCUGCAAGGAGGGCGCAGUUGGUCACAAGGAUCAGAUUCACGGGGUUCGAUGGCAUAAGGCGAUGGCAGUAUGAGCCUGGGAGGCUUUGCAGGUGUAUGGUCGUCACUAAUCUGAUUGAGGAGAAGGUUGUUCAGUUCUCGUCAAGAGGGAGUGUCAGUGUGAAAGCUGAUGAUGACAAUGAUCUGCUUCUGAAGCCGCCACAGAAGCCAGUCCGGUCAAAUGGACCCCCGGAGAGCAUGAAAACAGCAUCACUGCCGGAUCAGAAGCCAGCAGGGGCAACUUUAGACGACAGAGAGAAGGUCAGAGAGUCACUGGACGCUGUAUUGGAGAAAGCAGAGAAGCUUGAGGCCUCCAGCUUUGGUAAUGCAGAUGGUGGCAACCUUGGUUCAAGGCAGAGUAAUGUUUCCAUGAGUAAUGGUCCAGGACCGACAGCAGUGGAGGAAGGUGGUAAUUCAAGGAAGACAAAAACACUAAAGAGUGUAUGGCGGAAGGGGAACCCUGUGCCAACUGUACGUAAGGUCAUUAGAGAGCAACCAAGAACUGAAACAAGGAGUCAGUCUAUACCUGUGGCUAAACCUUCAGUGUCAUCUGCAUCUAAGCCUUCCCCUCUGCUACUAUCUAAACCUUCUGUAGCACAGCCUCCUCGUCGGCCUAUCAAGUCUGAUACAUCAAAUGAGAAAAAAGGACCCAUCCUUAUUGAUAAAUUUGCUUCCAAGAGGGCAGCAGUUGAUCCGAUUGUACCUGAGGAAUUGUUAGACCCUCUAAAACCAGUACGAGGCCCACCAGCAAAAGUCAGAGUUGAUCGUCGUAAAAAACCAGACACACAAGCUGGUUCCAGACGACGUAUGUCCAAUGAUGAUGGAUUAGUUGAUGAGGAUACUACUGACGUGCCAAUUUCUGGUGUUCCAGUGCGCAAGGGUAGGAGGUGGAGCAAGGCAAAACGCCGCGCUGCAAGGCUAGAGGCUAUGCAAGCUGAAGAGCCAGUCAGAGUUGAGAUCCUUGAAGUUGGUGAAGAAGGUAUGCUGAUUGAGGACUUGGCAUAUGAGUUGGCAAUUGGUGAAUCAGAAAUUUUACGAUUCUUAUCGGUGAGAGGAGUUAUGCUUGACAAUGUUCAGACUCUAGAUAAAGAUUUGGUUAAGAUGGUUUGCAUGGAAUAUGAUGUUGAAGUACUAGAAAGUGGUCCUGUGAAAGUGGAGGAAAUGGCUAAGAAGAAGGAGUUCCUUGAUGAUGAAGAUUUGGAUAAAUUGGAAGUGAGGCCUCCCAUUGUGACUAUCAUGGGCCAUGUUGAUCAUGGGAAGACAACUCUGUUGGAUUAUAUACGCAAGAGCAAGUUGGUGGCAUCUGAAGCUGGUGGUAUAACACAAGGGAUUGGAGCAUAUCAGGUUCUUUUACCAGUAGAUGGAAACCAUCAAGCCUGUGUUUUUCUGGAUACUCCAGGACAUGAGGCGUUUGGUGCAAUGAGAGCUCGAGGAGCUAGAGUAACCGAUAUCUGUAUUGUUGUUGUUGCUGCGGAUGAUGGUGUUCGGCCACAAACAAGUGAGGCAAUUGCACAUGCAAGGGCAGCAGGGGUGCCAAUUAUAAUAGCAAUAAACAAGAUAGACAAGGAGGGAGCUAAUGCAGAACGAGUUAUGCAAGAACUUUCCCAAAUUGGGAUAAUGCCAGAAAUGUGGGGUGGUGAUACCCCAAUGGUCGAGAUAAGUGCUCUUACUGGGGAUAAUGUUGAUGAACUUCUGGAAACUGUCAUGCUUGUUGCAGAGUUGCAAGAAUUAAAGGCAAAUCCACAUAGGAAUGCGAAGGGCACUGUUAUUGAAGCAUGCCUUGACAAGGCCAAAGGGCCUCUUGCUACCUUAGUUGUUCAGAAUGGAACCCUAAACAAAGCUGAUAUUAUUGUGUGUGGUGAAGCUUAUGGAAAGAUCCGUGCAUUGUAUGAUGACUGUGGGAAGCUCGUUGACAAAGCAGGACCAUCCAAUGCAGUGCAGGUUAUUGGCCUCAAUAACGUUCCCCUUGCCGGUGAUGAAUUUGAGGUUGUUGACAACCUUGAUGUUGCACGUGAAAGGGCGAAUGGGCGUGCUGAAGCACUGCGCAUAGAAAGGAUAUCUGCAAAAGCUGGGGAAGGAAAAGUCACACUCUCAGCUAUUGCAGCAUCGGUUUCAUCUGCGAAGCAAGUUGGAAUUGAUACACAUGAGCUAAAUGUUAUCCUUAAAGUUGAUUUUCAGGGUUCAAUCGAGGCUAUUAGGCAAGCCAUCCAAACUCUUCCACAAGAAAAUGUCUCUCUGAGAUUCCUCCUUCAAGGUCCAGGAGAUGUGAGUGUUAGUGAUGUUGAUCUGGCUGUUGCUUCGGAAGGAAUUAUAUUUGGCUUUAAUGUCAGAGCACCAGGAUCAGUUAAAAACUAUGCUAAGAAGAAAGGUGUUGAAAUUCGGAUGUACAAAGUGAUCUAUGAUUUGAUUGAUGAUUUACGGAAGGCCAUGGAAGGUCUUCUCGAACCCGCUGAGGAGGAAGUACCAAUUGGUUCGGCAAAAGUUCGAGCUGUCUUUAGUAGUGGCAGUGGAAAGGUGGCCGGAUGCAUGAUUACAACAGGAAAAGUUGUUCAAGAUUGUAAUGUGCGGGUUCUUCGUAAAGGGAAAGAAGUAUAUGUGGGUUCGCUUGAUUCCUUGAGAAGGGUGAAAGAAACUGUGAAGGAGGUUGGUGCUGGGCUAGAGUGUGGUAUUGGGGUAGAUGACUUCGAUGAAUGGGAGGAAGGUGACAUCAUAGAGGCAUUCAAUACCGUGAAUAAGGCAAGAACCCUCGAGGAGGCCUCUGCUACCGUGACUGCCGCACUCAAGGAUGCAGGGGUCCAGCUGUAGAAUUGGCAACACGCUGAUACUCUUUUUUAUUAAUGGUAUGAAAUGUUAAUUUAUAUAUACUUUGAAGCUGAAUGGUGAGCUGAAGCUAUUGUGCUGAAGCUGUUGUGAGCUGGACCGGUGGACCGUUUCCCUGAUUCCUUCGGUGGUGGCUGAAGCUGAAUGGUGAGCUGCUGGAGAGUGGAGACGUGGAGUGGUGGCCGGUGGGCGCCUGGGCGGUGGCUGCCGGCUGGUGCAGACUGUGCACUUGUGCAGUGCAGUGGCGCUAAUAUAUUGUGUGUGGCUGUGGAAGAUGCAUGUGUGGAUCGGCUGUCUGUAGUGAGAUGGAAGAUACUGUAUAUAGCAUAUCAAACCAUAUAUUCAUCGUAUAUACAUUAAUUAUUGAUAUUGAAUUUUGUCGGUCAAGCGUA